UCCGGUGUGAGAGGUCGUCUAAAAUGGCGGCUCCGGACGAGCUGUUCUGUUGGGAAGGAGACUGGGGCUUACCGUCCGUUAGCACCGACUGUCUGGUGGUUCUGGCUUAUGCUCAGUUCGCCGGAGCUCCUCUUAAAGUUCGGAAGAUCUCUAACCCCUGGAGGAGUCCCAGCGGGUCUCUUCCUGCUUUGAGGACCAAUCAGAAAGACACUCUGUCCCGACCCUCUGACAUCAUCAUCCACCUCAGAAAACAGAAAUACAAUGCAGACUACGAUCUGUCAGCCAAGGAGGGAGCUGACAGCCUGGCCUUCAUCUCUCUGAUGGAGGAGAAACUCAUGCCGGCGCUGAUCUACACCUUCUGGAUCGAGCCGAAGAACUACGUAGAUGUGACUCGUCGCUGGUACGCCGAGCACAUGCCAUUCCCCCUGAACUUCUUCCUGCCGGGUCGAAUGCAGCGGCGACAGUUGGAGAAGCUGCGGCUGCUGCGAGGAGAUGAGAGCCUGGAGGCCGGAGAGGAGCUGGAGAAGGAGUUGUACCGUGAUGCUUCAGAGUGCAUGAACCUGCUGUCCCAACGACUCGGCUCGCACAAGUUCUUCUUUGGAGACUCGCCCUCAUCUCUGGACGCCUACGUGUUCGGUCACUUGGCGCCCAUCCUGAAGUCCAAACUGCCCAACGGGAAACUGCAGCAGUGUCUGAAAUCCCUCGACAACCUGACCAACUUCUGCACCAACAUUCUGCUGCUCUACUUUCCCAGAGACAACCGAGAGAGUCCCAGUCAGAAAACAUCCUCCCAGCCUGAAGGUGGAGACUUCGACCACGUCCCCAACAAGCGGAGGAAGCAGAUCCUGUCUGCUCUGGUGGCUCUGGGCGCCAUGCUGAGCUAUGCCCUCCUCACCGGCAUGGUGUCCAUCCAGCAUGUCCAGCAGGAGGCGCUGGAGGAGCCGCCGGAUCUGCAACCCAUCGGAUCUCAUGACGACGAGGAAGGAGACGGCUGAGGAGGACAGGCGUGAUCAUGGGACUUCAUGGACAGAAGUAAAAGUAUUCAGGAUAAGAUCUGGAUGUUACAGAAAAUUGAUUAGCUGUAUCUCACCAAAGAAAGCCACAGGAGAUGUGUUGGUAUGGAAUUUAUUGAAUUAAAAAGUUAUUUAUCGACACAGCCUCAAGCCUUUCAGUGGACAGGAAACUGGUGCAGGUGUAUGUGCAGAAAUAAAUUUAAAAAUUAUUCACUGGUUAUUCUUCAAAUGGGGUACAAUUGUUUUUUAAAAUGCAGUUUUGUUGAACCUUUCUUAACUUCUGUUGCAUUUUUUUUAAAACAUUGUUUCUUCGGUAAGUAAAGUCAACUCAGGAUGACUUUGUCAUUGAGAAUAAGUUGAUUUUAUUCCCUAAACCCAAAGUGUGUGUAUAAAAACAGUUCACUGCAGAGGUGGUUUUUUUUCCUGCCUUCGACAAAACUUAAUCACACCACCAUGACAAAAAAUAAUAAAUCUAUGACGUAAGACUGAAGUCUUUUUCAUUUUGUGUAGCUAUUCAGCUGGCUUCCAGUGUGGUGAAUGGGAUCAAUCUGAUCACUCUGUUGAACUUUUUGUGAUUUAAAAUUCACCAGCAGCUGUUUUUAUGUGUAGAAAUUGUCAGUAAUUUGCCAAUAUUAAUGAGGAUAAAGAUGGAGGAGGGGGUGCGAAUAAACACAGGAACAAAGGUAGAAAAAACAAGAUCAAAAUUCAUCAUUUUAAAACAUUAACUGACAAGGCAGAAGACGCGGGACAUGUAGGUCAGAAAAUGUAUUGUAGGUGUGCUGUAGUAGCUGGUUGUGCCGCUUUCUGAUAAGUGAGAUGGAGUUACAGGUGUGUUUGCUUCCUGCCCAUCAGGGUCCAUAAAACAAGCACUACCUUACUGCUGUUUAACUGUGGCAGUCGUGCUGAUGAACUCUUCAGCUUCGAGCUGUUUAAAGGUGUCUGGUUGCUGUCUGCUUUAGCUUGCCACCUGAAGCUAACGCUAAGCUAGGUUUUGCUAGCAACAAUGUAAUUAUUGCUCUCCACUCGCCUUACUUUCCAGAUUUGGCUCCAUGCAACUUUUUCCUCCUCACCAAAAUAAAGUACAAGUUGCAAAGUCA